AUCACAUACACAAGCACCAAACGUCGAAAGACCGAACCGCGUAUCAGGAAAAUUUGCAAAAUGAUUCAGUGACAUUGAGUUUGCUUGUUCUGAGGAAGCUGCUGUCGCGUGACUUGGCGAGGAAAUAAUACAAAAGAUGGCAUACCCACAGGGACCAUAUGAGCCUCCUCCACCUUACAAUCCCACAGCAGAGAACGUCCCACAAGGUCCAGGCUGGGGCCCACAACCACCUAAUGCACCUCCAGCAGUUCCAGGUUGGGCUCCACCACAAGUCCCCCACCAGGGCGCAGCGGUGUUUAAUCCAGAUGCUCAGAACUACGUGAAACAAGGAUCAACAUACUAUGCUGCAGGUGCCAACCCUGGACAAGGGGUGUAUUACCCUCCUCCAACACAGCCCCCUGCCCCUGCUGGUGGGUACUACCCGCAGCAACAGGGCUACGGUGCACCUAUGCCUCCACAAGGCGGGUACUACCCUGGACAGCCUGUGACGACAGCUCCUGGGUACUAUGGAGCAGCGGGUUACCCCAUGGGGGCCACAACUACCGUCGUACACGAGCGUCAAAAUGACAACCGUUGUGACGACCUCACCAAAUGCUGCCUGGGAACCUGCUGUCUCACUUGGCUGUGCUGCUGGCUCACUGACUGAAGGCCAUUGGGGGUCGCACGUCACUACCUACUCUGCUUCUAUCACCGCCGCAGCCACUUUGCAGGAACAAAGAAACUGAGUCGGAAGAUCUGUCAACCAAUCGAGGCUUCUAUUUUUUGAUGCGGACUCUCUUCCCCCACUCCGUAUUUCUCGGGUCGUGCCAUUGUUUUUCCAUUUGUGGCCACGUCGCUAGAGAUGUUCAAACUUGUCCCGGAUUGUGUUGUGUUCAUAGAACCAGUAUUAAAUUCUUAGCUGCACA